AUGUCUCCUCCAGUCCCUUCGGACCUGGGCUACAUCCCCCCCGAUGGUGGAUGGGGCUGGGCAGUGGUGUUUGGGGCCUCCAUCUCGGUUGGGUUUGCAUACACCUUUCCUAAAGCUUUCACAAUCUACUUUAAAGAGCUUCAGGCUGUUUACAGCAUCUCCUACAGCCAGAUUGCCUGGAUAACUUCCAUCAUGUGUGCUACCACCUACGGAGGAGGCAUAGCCAUCUUCUUCAAAGAGAUCCAGGGUUUCUUUGACACGUCCUAUAGCGAGAUCGCGUGGGUCUCCUCCAUCAUGCUGGCCACCACGUACGGCGCAGGUCCUAUCAGCAGUAUUUUAGUAAACCGCUAUGGCAGCCGACCCGUGGUGAUAUUUGGAGGCCUGCUGUGUGGCAUUGGGAUGGUCUCAGCUGCCUUCUGCACCAGCAUCCUGCAGCUCUACAUCUGCGUGGGCUUUAUUACAGGAUUUGGCCUUGCUCUCAACCUCCAGCCGUCAGUGAUAAUCAUAGGGAAAUACUUUUUAAAGAGAAGACCCAUCGCAAACGGCCUUGCUAUGGCAGGGAGCCCCGUGAUGCUUUGCACCCUGGCUCCUCUCAACCAGUUCCUUUUUGACAAUUUUGGCUGGAGGGGCAGCUUUUUAAUUCUGGGGGCAAUUUUAUUAAACUGCUGUGUGGCCGGAGCUCUCUUCAGGCCCAUUGGGGCACCCAAAACCCAGUCAAAUGAGGAAGCAAAGGAGGUCCUAAAAGAAGAGGUCACUAAGGAUGCCAUGGAAAUGAACAGUUCCACAAACAUCCCUGUGGAGACAAAAACAGAAGAAGAAGCAAAGGACUGUUGUGAAAAAAUCAAUAAGUACCUUGAUUUUUCCCUCUUUAAGCACAGAGGUUUCUUGAUUUACCUGAUUGGAAAUGUGCUCAUGUUUCUAGGCUUUUUUGCCCCCAUUGUUUUUCUGGCACCCUAUGCAAAGCACAUCGGCAUUGAUGAAUAUUCAGCUGCUUUCCUCCUUUCAAUCCUUGCUAUCGUGGAUAUGAUUGCCAGACCGGCCACUGGCAUCAUUGCAAACAGCAAGUGGGUGAGGCCACGAAUCCAAUACUUUUUCAGCUUCUCCAUUGCUUUCAACGGUGCCUGCCACCUUCUGUGCCCCCUGGCUUCUGGCUACAAGGGGCUCGUCGUUUACGCUGUCUUUUUUGGCUUGGCUUUUGGCAUGGUUUGUGCCAUGCUUUUUGAAACUCUCAUGGACCUUGUGGGAGCUACCCGGUUCACCAGCGCCGUUGGCUUGGUCACCAUUGCAGAGUGUUGCACAAUAUUGCUGGGACCACCUAUAGGGGGAACACUUAUCGAUACCUUUGGGGACUAUAAAUAUAUGUUCAUUAAAUGUGGAGCUGUGAUGGUCCUGGCAGGAACAUUCCUGUUCAUCAUGAAUUACUAUAAUUACCGCAUGCUUGCCAAGGAGAAGAGAAAAGCAAAAGAAGAGGACCCUAAAUCUGUAAGGACAGAAAGUGAAGGCAGAAAUAACUUGAACAAAGAUACUGUACAGGAUGGACCUGAGCUGGAACCUCUGAGAGAGGAACAAGAAAGACUACAGAAGGAAGUGAAUGGCACAAAUGAAGUUUAAAUCUGUUCUCGUGGGCUGAACAGGAAAUUACUUCUGUGUUGCUUAAGUUGGCACUAGCUGUGAAAUCACACUAGGUUUUUAAUUUUUGCCCUAUGCUCUGUCAUGUGCAUACUCUUCUUUGUCUUAGGAGAAGACUAGAAAUGAAACUGGGACAUAGUGCAGUAUCCAUUCACAUACCAAAGGAUCCGAACCAUUUUUCUUCAGACGUUUCCAUUUCCCAGAGGCGUUGUAUAAAAAUGUAACCAUCACCCCACCCUUACUCCAAGUACUACAGCUCUAUACAGUGAAAAGACCAAUGGCCAUCAGGGUUAGCGCAGAGCCCUUCCACCAGCUUGAACAGGCUUUACACUGAGCAUUGUGGUGGCUGGGUCUUUUCACCACGCAACCCAAAUGCUUAGACUCUCUUUGACUGCAGUAUCAGAAUUAUCCCAGGGAUUUGGUGCUGCCUUCCAUGGGCAGCUGUGUUGUGAUUGGCACCUCUGUCUCAUGGAAAAGCAGAAUAGGCCUUAUGCUCAUCUUAAAGAGGUGAGCUAGAGCCACCUGAGCAUAACGAGGGCAGUACAUGCCUGUGUUGGCAGCAAGGCAGCCUGUCCUUGUGGCUGGAGUGUGCUAAGAAGGAGCUGACUUGGGGUGGCUCCUCAUGACUCGACCAUGGACUUUCUCAGGGACCUCUGCACUUAGCAAAAUGCCUUGAGAGAGGUGGCAUUAUGCAGGAGGGUAACACAAGGCCAUCAUGCUCCAGGAGUCCUUCUUCCAGGUCGUUUCAAUGUGCAGGGCAGAAACUUAAACUGCUUAAACUUUGAGCAACAUUCAAACCGUGCAAAUUCUUUAUUAUUAUUUUUUUUUUCCCUAGGAGGUUACACAGUCCUUAUUAACCAAUAUCUGAGUGCCUUACAGUUUUUAGCAUGCUUUUUCUUCACAACACCCUGGUGAGGCAGUAAGUGUUGUUGCUGCUAAUUAAUUGUACAAAUGAAGAAGAAUGAAGAAAUGAGAAGCGCGGAGAAGCUACGGUCAUCAUUGCAUCAUCUGUGAAUAAAGCUAAGACAUUCUACAGCUGCAAUGGGAUCCACUGCCCUGAGCUGGGAGCCUGAGCCACCUAUGAGAAGAAAGAUAUCGGCAGCUGAAGAGGGGAGCUGAAAGCCUGCCAGCUGAGCACAGGCAUCCCACUGCUAGAAAAUAGCACGCACCACGGAGAGGUGUGCAUUAAACCACAGCCCUCACUGCAGUGCAACCUGCCUACUUGGUGUGUUGUACUACUCAGGCUUAGUGAUUUAAAACGGUCUUAGUGCCGCAGCCUUGUGUGAUUCUUUUUCCUAGUUUUGUUGCAUCCGUCCUGGGAGGAAUCCAAACACAGCUGCCUCCUCCUCGUUUGGGCCCAGCUAGUCACCGCCCAGUGCUAGCACUGCUGUGCCUGGUGGCCUUGUGCCAUCCUGCUGCAUGAAAUAGAUUUUCCUCGGGUCAACAAUACAGAGCUGGAGCUCAGGCCAUGUGGGAUCCUCUCCUCCAGUUGUGCUAAAUGUUGAUCAGGGAAGAUCUGGGCUCUGCCAGCAAGCACUGAUAUAUUUUAUAAUAAAAUAAGCGGCCAUUGCCCGAGAGCUAUGGGUGCUGAGCAUGGCGUGUAGUUGAAUAAUCCACCUUUUGUGGAUUUAGCUCCAAAUGACGAGGUAAAACAAGGAUUUUUGAGGCAGACGACCAAAUCUGAAGUUAAUAGCUGUCCAUAGGCCACUUAUGCCCUUUCUUUUCUUCAGUGGCACCCAUAUGUGAUUAGAUGAUAAAGUCUUUUUUUCAUGUCUUUGUCACCUAACUGUAUUUAAUUAUAAUUUACAUACAUGCUAUGAAGAAUGACUUGUAAAAAUCCUUCCACACAUACACUAUACUCUUAAAGGUAAAUCACUUAUAUUUUCUUGUACAAAACUUUUUCAGUGAAGUAUUUUUUUUCUCCUAAAGAAUAAUGGUUUUUAGCCAUUGACAUCAGUAGGACUGAAAUUUUAGCCUUAUGUUGUAUCUUGUAUUUUUCUAAAAAACAAAACCUUUACAAUAUAUUUAGCAUUAUGUUGCUGUGUUUUUAAUAUUCCUUAUUUCUGUCAAAUAUAUCUAUGAUUGCUCAGUAAGAAAGGCAUUGAUAAGAGGUCCUGAACAUUUUCUAAUGCACUUUCUGGAAUCUUUACUACACUUAAUAAAAC